GUUCAUAAACAACUUGCCGGAUACUAUCAACGUCACUAUGGGUGACACUUCUUUUGGAAUGCUGGCAUCUCUUUCUGCCAGUAAUUACAGUCUCUUUCCAGGAGGAAGAAAAGAUAAGAUUGUGGUUGUGAGAAAUUCAAUGCCUUGUUCAGUUACUUCUAAAGCAUUUGGGUUUGGCAGUGCCUAUACAAUUGUAAUUAAUGAGUGUUCUAUAGACACUCUUGAUGUAACAUACUCUGAAGAUAUCUCACCCAACACAGUCCAUAUGGCUUGGCAGAUCCCUCAGUAUUUUAUCCUUACGUGUGCAGAAGUAGUCUUCUCUGUCACUGGGCUUGAGUUUUCAUACUCGCAGGCCCCAUCUAAUAUGAAGGCAGUGCUGCAAGCAGGGUGGCUGUUGACUGUGGCUGUCGGUAACAUAAUUGUCCUUAUCGUGGCUGGAGCAUCCAAACUCAGUGAGCAGUGGGCAGAAUAUGUGCUGUUUGCUGCCUUGCUUUUGGCAGUCUGCAUCGUUUUUGCUAUCAUGGCUUGUUUUUAUACCUAUGUUGAUCCAAAUGAGGUUGAAGCCCAACUUGAAGAGGAAGAAAAGAAAGAAGGCAAAAAUUAUAUAUGCAUCUUUGGAAAGCAAGCUGACUCUCAGAUGUAA